UCUUCCGAUUUCAAAAGAAUUUGAAGUCUGUGCAAUGCAAGUUUGAAUAUUGAUUGUUAUUUACAUUGCAGAAAAAUAGAGAUUUAAAGUAUUUUGUUUAUGAAAAAUAUUUGCUUUUGAGAGAGGAUUGAUCAUUAUUUAUCGUUUAAAAUAUGUCGGAUAGUAUUAAAGCUGGUCGUGUGGGGCGCAGGAAGUGGACGGAGCCCCUGCUUCCAAAUUUCGCAAUGAAUAUGGACGUAGAGAACUCUUCUCACAUAAUGAGUGACGGCAUAGCGAACAGUGUGGACUGUGGAACUUCUGGGGCCAGGGGAGGUUUCCACCUAGAAAUGAUAGUGGACAGAUUCCAAACGCUGAACGAUGUCACAGCGGCUCUCAAGGCGAGCGGCAUGGACAAAUGUGGACUCAUAUUCGGUAUCGACUACACAUUGAGUAACAUGAGACAGGGUGCGAAGACGUUCCAUGGGCUCAGCCUACACGACAUCACCAAAGAGACUUACAACCCAUAUCAGGAGGUUAUCUGUAUACUUGGAGAGACCCUGGCAUCAUUUGACGAUGAUGGAAUGAUCCCGGUGUACGGAUUUGGUGACAGAGAGGUUAAAGAUAAGGGAGUAUUUCCAUUGAAGCCUGAGGGCGAGUGUGAUGGUUUUGCGGACGUUCUGAGCGUGUAUAAAAAGAUAACGCCUACAGUAAAACUAGAAGGACCAACCAACUUUGCACCAGUCAUUGAUGAAGCCAUACGUAUCGUCAAGGAAAAGAAACAGUACCACGUCUUAGUGAUAAUUGCGGAUGGUCAGGUCACAAAUGAGAAGGACACCAUCCGGACCAUCACAAAGGCCUCAGAGUUUCCCCUGUCCAUCGUCGUCAUAGGGGUAGGGGACGGCCCCUGGGAUACCAUGCAGGACUUUGAUGACAAGCUACCGGCGCGCCAGUUCGAUAACUUUCAGUUUGUUGAUUUUCAUAAGGUGAAGUCGGCGACACGGAACCCAGAGGCAGCUGUGGCACUAGCCGCCCUUUUGGAAAUUCCCGAUCAGUAUGCGUACAUCAGGAAGAACAGACUCGUCGAAAAAUUGAACUAAACAGAAUAUUAUAAAGUGUUCAGUGUCAUUUAAAUCAAUUUCAUCCAAAUGGCACUCACACAUCGGGCCGACAUCGGGCCGAUAUCACAAGCACUACAUAGUUAUUUAAGGCAUAGUUAUUCAAUUUUGAAACUCAUUUUUACGUCGGCCCCUUAUUGGUUUAAAAUUGCUACAUAAACUACUGAUCACCGCUUUCAUAUGCGAAAGUAUUACUUUCAUUAGUUCAUAGUAUACUUGAGUGGUUGUUGUGUUUUCAAAGUUGAAACAAACAUUUAAAUUACAUUUAUGUUUCUAAGUUGAAAUAUAUCUGAUGGUUCAACAUUGAAACCAUGUGACACCAACCAGCGCUAGGAUCUGAACAUUUAAUAUCCCAAUUAAUGCACGAUGACAUAAAUAGUAUGUUAUAUUUAAAUCUUUCACCCCCUUUUCAUAUUCCAUUCAACGCAUGUAGAAUAAAACAACAACGUUGCAAUAAAAAACUAGUUUUAAUGCAUGCAAAUUAUCGACAUGUUCUACUAUCGCAGAUGAAAUAUGCUUUGUAUAUGAGGUAACACAGAGUGGCAAAUAUUAUGUUUGAAAAAAAACAUUAUUUACUUAUAUUAUAUCCAAGUACAAUAAAAAAAUCCGUUUUAUACUUUUGUUUACCCCGUAUUUUGAAAAGGUAUCUGAAACUAUCUGCCAACCAGAGUUGACAGUUGAACAAUCUAUGAAGAGGAAUGCCAUAUCGUGUUUUUAAUAUCCAAGUGCAAUAUUUUCUGUCUUUUUAUAUUCUUGUGUACCCCGUAUUUUGAAACGGCAUUUAGUACGAUUUCCCAAUUAGAGUUGUCUGAUGAACAAUCUGUGAAAACAUAUUUAUAUGUCUCUCAUGUAUUGCAACUAAAAAAUUGUAGUUCGGGGAGUCGACCGUACCCCACUUAUGCUUUAUAUCUUUUCAAGAUUCUUUUUGUUUAAAACUUUAAUUUUUACUAUUUUUUUGUCUGAUAUCACAUAACUGUUUCCUUAAAAAAAAUCCAAGCUGUAGGUAUUGUUUCCCAAUGCGAUAAAUUUUAGCUCUAAAAACUGUUCUCAAUCAAAAACAAAUAUAUAUUGUUGUUUGGCAAAAGUAGAAUUGGUUUAUAAUUGAUUGUUAUAUUCUUAUUGAUUUGUUUCUAUAUUUCGCAAGUAGAUAUUCAUAGCAAUAUUUGGGAAAAGCAUCUUCUGAGUUCUAAUUUCUGAUAUCCAAUUUUGACUAUAGCGUAACGUAGGUUGCACCAUAACAAGCAAAUUUUGAUAUAACAUUGUUGGUCUGAGCAUACAAGUUUGGAUAUAACUCUAUGAAGCCUAAGUGAUAAAAACCUGUGCUGCAAUUUUGAAAUCUACAUUUAAAAAUGUAAUUGGUCUCUCAUUUUCUAUAGUUGUAAGGUCCUCCUUUUAUAUAAUAAAGACAACAUUCCUGACCUUUGUGUGUAGCUUAGCUCCUAUCAAACGAAUCCCUCAUUUAAAACAUCAAAUACAAAAGCUCCUAUUGAUUUCCAAGACUCUAGAUAUAAUUCAACCAUAGGCCAUCGGAUCCGGUACUUUUGUUAAAUUUCAAUGACGUUUAAACAUUUUCACAUUCCUCGUUUGUUAAAAUCCUCUUUGCGUUUUAACUUAUUUUCUAAAGGAGUAUUAUAAUCAUAAUCAUUUUCCUCUAAUUUAUCCGAUUAUUAUAAAUAAUUUUUUAUUAAUCUUUAUUUUCUUCAUUAAGAAUUUCUAAUAUAUAUAUAAAAUAAAAUGCCAGCCACGUUUAAGUUUCAUCGUUUGUCUUGAGUUUUCUAGGGACACAAUAGUUUGUGUUUUUCUGACAUUCUUUAGAAUGUAUGCGUGAUCCUAUUCGCUUUGUUUGUAUAUUUCAUUCUAGAAAUAGAAUGAUACCCUCUAAAUCCAAUUGAUUGUAUUCUUUUCGUCAUCAUUUACACCAUGAACUUUUUUAUAGGUUAGUAUUUCUUUUUAAUAUUGUUAUUUUAUUUCCCACAACUUUUGAUUAAUUAUUUGGCAAAUUCAAUUAUCUUUCCUUUAAUUUUUAAAUUUCCUAAGUUCAAACAUUGUUUGUAUAUUUAUGUUACCGUUAAAUGGUACAACUUUUUUUCAGGAAAUGGACAUUAAAGAAAUAAAAUGAUCAUUAUCUAAAUAUGCAUUGUUCAGUUUCCAGUAACCUGGAACUAUUUCUGUUUGUUAAUGGAUGUAUAUCAAAAUUGCCAUGCAAUCCGUUUAUUUAACACAUGCUGGUCGAACAUCAGUGCUUACAAUAAAAGGAGCAAAUGUUUUAUUUAUUAACCAGUAAUAAAGUCUGCUUUUUU